AUGGUCUCCUCUAGCUCUUAUAUCGAAGCAUUCAAUCAUCCCCUUUUUCGACGUUGUGUACAAUGUCCACCUGAAUCUCCCCCGUGUCCCUCUUGUGCGGCGGAUGAGACAUGUUCGUUGAAAGCAGCAUCUUGCGACUCUUGUGCAUCGACCACAUGCGUCAAGCUCGGUUCAAUACCUGGGCAGACUGCCCCUAAAAGUGAAACCCCUGUUGGUGGCAUUGUCGGAGGCGUUAUCGGUGGCCUCGCUUUUAUUGCUAUCUUAUACCUCAUCUACCACUUCUGUGUAAAGAGGAAACGCAGCAAAGUCGAAAUCUGGGAUCCUCCAGAAAAGCGAGAUCAGUCAACUUUGCAUCGCUCUGCUCGACAUUCCACUGCUCACUCGAUUGCAUCUACCGUACUCACCCGCGCUUCAAAUGUCAUCCAGAUUGCCUAUAUCCCGGGGGUGACCGUCCGAUCACCUCCUCAGUCUCCUGGUUUGGUUCCACCGGUGCCGUCCAUGCCUGGUGGAGGCUCCACAGCCGGGACACCUGGUCCAGAGCAGCACUUUUUCAUGCCUGGCGAUCUCAGAGAUUCGACCUGGUCCGAUAGUUCAUUUGAUCCCCGUAUCAGCAUUUCACCCAGUCUCUAUCGCGAUUCAGUCGCCACUACAAUCUAUCGAAGUGACGCCAUUGUUCCACCCAUUCCUGCCCAACACGCUUUCCGUGGCCAGGCCAAUGUUGUCAGUGUCAAGUCAGGGGCUCCGACGCCCGCUAGCGGGAACACUCCCAACACCAGAACACCACAAAUUCCAUCUACUCCCAAUUUUGGUCAAAACGGCAGCUCCAUUAUUGCUCGAAAUGUAACAGCCCGGCCAAUCGAAGUGAAAAAGGCCAACCCCGGUACCAAAGUCCCGACCCUGGCCAAUCUUGCGAAAGAGAACUCUCGCAGGAGCUCGCCGUUGAGUCCCAGCUCAACAGAGCCUGACAAGUCUCCAGCAGCCUUCUCUGACGAGAAAGAAGUCUUGGUCAGUUCAUCAGCAACCACACCCAUUUCUGAAGCCGCACAAUCACCUCUAUCUCCUAUCGCCAUCCCACGCCCUGCAUUUGCUGGUAAUGUGGCUCGGUCAUCGGGAGUGAGUUCAAUGUCACCGGCCGGAAGCCAAUCUGAGAGUGGACCUCCCGGUCCAACGCACAGGCACACCAGCAGCAGAAAUGCCGCCCUGAACGCCAUGAUUGAAGAUGCAAUCAACCGCGCAAAGGACCCCCAGCAUAUAGGUGCCACCGCUUCAGGGUCUCGCCCCGAGUUAGCGAAGCAUGAUUCUGGACCAUUUUCUGACGCCAAUGAAGUCAAAGAAAAUGUUUUGUGA